UCAUUUCAUAUUUAUUUCAUCGCUAAACACGGAGCGAUCCUAUAUAUGCCGAGUUUUCACGAGAGAGAUUUACUACGGUUACUGCUUACCGAGGUUUCGAAAAUAAACCGCAGUUAUUAGAGAAGCUGUUUACAUGGAACUAGUUUACUAAAGUAGGCCGCAUGCAACGGGCGGUUUGAGAUUUUCUCGGAAAGCAAGUGCUGCAAUGUUGCACAGAAACUUUUGGAAAAUUAUCAAAUUUCUGACUUUACUCCAAGGUCGAACACAGGUCGUUGUCAAUUUGCAGGCGGUGAUGUGGAGCCAAACUCUCCUUAAAUAUAAAGAUUUAGACGAAUAAUGGAAAGAAUAUUUUGAUAUCUCGCUGAGCCUCUUCCCGCAAAAAACCUGAAACGGCAUGUACUGCGGAGCCCGGGCUACGUAAAUGUUUACCAGCAAUCCUUCUUAUUAGGGGCCGCUUUAAAUUCUAACUUUUACUUUUCUUCACCAUAGACCUCAAUUAUGAUUUUUUUUCGCAAGUUUCUCUCUCUUUGUGGUAGGUCCUCUUCUAGUUGCACUUGCCGGUACACUGCUACUAUAAAGCUACAGAGCUUCUAACAGAAAGGAAACGCUUACGGCACUUGACGAUGAAAGGGAAACAGCAGUCCAGGAUUUCCUUGCCUAAACAUGAGUUAAUUAGCUUUUUUUCCAUUGACUUGAAACCUACUUAUAUUAGGAGGAAUCUUUGUCUGUUUUUCUCUCCUUUACGCACUAAACGCGUGAACACUUGCUGCCAAGAUGUUGCGACAAUGUCUGCUUUUCCUUGGUUACUGUUGGUUACCGAGCCAAACCAUGGCUGAUGAGGCGUUUGACUGUCGACAAACUUAGGUUGGCUUACUUUUGAUUUUGCCACCAUUUACCGAGGUUGGCUACUGUGUUUACACAAUUAAAAAUUUCACUUCAGUGAAGUUGAAACAAAACCAAGGUAAACAUCUCUUAUGAAAACAGGGAUAUAAUGAGGCUGAGCUGUUCAGCCUGCCAAUCACAAAUCCCAAUGGAUGACCAAUGCUCACGUUUGAUUGGCUUAUUCAUUCAGGUCUAAUUUUAGCAUUUUGAGACAAAAUUCUGGUGAGCGACGGGUGUAAUUUUCUGUUUUAUUUUAUAAGUAAACAAUGCCUUUUGAACGAAAUGAUUGAUAGCUUCAGGAGAAGAGUUAGAAAAGAACAUUGACUUUUUUAAUUUCAACUUCUUAAUAAUUAUUUUGUUCCUCCACUUGCGAAAGCCCAUCAUAUGGAUUCAAGCUGUUCACUCAAAUCGAGUGUCUUUGCUACUUCGAGGACUAACGUGGUUGAGAAAUAAGUUUGGAAACUAAAACUCGUAAAAAAUCCCAGAUACAAGCAGACUGCAAAGGUAAUAUAUUAUCUACGAUAAUAUGGUUAUUCUUCAGCCAGUUAUCUAAAUGAGAUUCCAUAAGGUAAGCAUUGGCUGCUGCCUACUCUUGCUGCUAAAAUCCAGUCGGCCUUUUACAAAUGCAAUUUUUGUUUUUAUUGCAUUCAGCCAGGAGUCUUCCUUCUCUUUCUACAAUCAUGGACAAAAGACUUGCGACAAAUUUGCACUUUUGGUGCUUUUGCGUACACGCCAGAUGCAAAUACUACUUCAGCUGCCUAACCUCACCCCACCCCCCCAUACAAUGUUUAAAACUACCACCUGCAAUUUCUUCUGAUUUCAACAUUGUAUUGGGUGGGGAGGGGGAGCAGUAAUGCAUUUCUAAAAUGAAAGCAGCGCUUUUUCCAAACUUCAGUAGUAAAACACAGAUAAUUCGUUAAAUUACAUAAGUGUCCCAAGGACUUUCGUCCACAAUUGUAGCAUCAAUGUUCAGGUCAAAUCUCGCGUUGCCAUUUUGCAAGUUCUCUUGUUUCUUUGUAGUACUUUUUGUUUCCAAUUUCUCUGCUCUGAAUGAAUAACAGUUUGAGGAAGAACUCAGCCUUGUUCAAUUUGCAUUUUUUUUGCACCAUCAUAAAUCUGAAUAAUUUUAAAUAUCCCACCAAAAUCUGUCUCUGUACACAGGCUAACCAAAAUCACCUCUUAUGAGGUAUGUUUUUGUUCUCAGCAUACUGAGAUAAAUGGAAACGGAUUGCUUGUUGAUUGCAGACAUCAGCUUUGCUAUUUAAGUUAGCACUGAAAUUUAAAUCCUAGUUCUGUGAAGUGAAGAGGAUAACUCAUCGUUUUUGUUCUUCCAAAGGCAUCUUCUAAAGAGUUAUUAGAAGUUUUAUUUUCUUUGUAUUUUUAUUAUGUACUUUAUAUUAUUCUACAUAAAUGACUCUGCUGUUUUAAUGAAAAAUGCUAUUUCUCCACAACGUCUAUGUUAUGUGACCGUUAUUUCGGCUAGCUUUCCACCGUUGCACAAAAAAAGCCAACAAAGUGCUUCAAAGGUGGCGUGUCCUUGCCUUUUAUAGGAUCGCUCCGUGUUUAAUUUACUUGAUAAGUCAGGGAUGAACUGGAUGUGCUUUUUAUACUGAGUCAAGGUAACCUGACACCAGUAAUGCUGAGAUCGUGAAACAUUAAUUACUUCAUGAUCAGAACUGCACGUCGGUGGUCAUCAUUUCAGGUCCUUAGAUGUAGGUUUAUUUAUUUAAUUUUGAUUAAUUGUUUUCGUUUUCUUUUUGGGGAGAGGUUUGGCAGGUCCUAACAAUACACAUGAAAAAAAUUACUCAAUUCAGGGCUUCAGAUAUAUUGCGUGGUGGUGGAGCCGUGAAUUUCAAGUAAAUCUGCAAAAUCCCACGAAAUUCACGAAAACAUGCGAAAUCCCAUGAAAUUCGCUAGAAAUCUUAUCAAGUACUUGUCGGUACAACAUGUCUGAAAGUUAUCUUGGCUUUUGGGGCUGCCUUUGCUGUAAACUUGCUAAAUUACCUUGAAACUUUGUCACUGCAAUGAGUAAACAACAUCCCAAACCUACCAGGCAUUCUUAGAUUAGUGUUGUGAAAAUAUGCCAAGCCAAAUGUAGCAAUAUUCAAUAUUGCUAUAUCUAUUCAAUUCAGUCCUUAUUCAUUCAAUUUAAUUUUGGUAUUCAUUCAAUUUAAUCCUUGUUCAUUCAAUUCGUAUAAUCAUUCUAUUCAAUCUGUAUUCAUUUAAUUCAAUUUUUAGAUCCAUUCAAUUUAAUUUUUAUAUUCUUUUGAUUCAAUUUCAAUAUUGGUUCAAUUCAAGUACUACAUUCAUUCAAUUCAAUUUGUAAUUCAUUCAAUCCAAUUUUCAUAUUCAUUCAAUUCAGUCCGUCUUUAUUCAGUCAAUCUUUGCAUUCAUUUAUUCAAUUUGGGAAUCUGGGUCGAUUUGUGAACUCGUGGGGCACUGGGAUUUCCUGCACUUCGAAACCUCCAUCUUGGCUUGGGAAGGUCUGUUUUUCUCUCUUUCAACAAUACUCAUGGGAGACACUAAUUUUAUUGCUGUUGACCGUUACAAUAUCUUGGAUGUGACAUUUGAAGAGCUAAAAACAGUACAGGAUCCUUGGAAGAGUAACCUUUCAAGUUGAUUUUUAUGGUGAAAUAGUUCAGAACAGUGGACGUCCAAGGAGGGAAUGGAUCAGACUUUGUAUCCAACACAUCAAGAAAAAAUAGUUUGACCAUGGACUUAAGGAACACUUAGCAGAGGAGUACUUUUUCAUGGGACAGAUGGCUGCUAUUGCACUUCUACAGAAUAGUCAAGCACCAAAGUAUUUUUCUGAAGAUCUCUUAAAUGACAUUUUUGUCAGUGAAGAGAGAGAAUUGUCACCAUGUGUCUUGCAACUUUGUCAAGGGUUAGGGAGUCUGGGUAUUCAUAUGUUUGCCAGGAAGUUCCCAUUGAUCCUUUACUUGCUGAGGGCACCACAAAAUAAUGCCAAACUAACAGUUCCAAUGCUGAUUCAUCUUCUGAAACCCAAGUUUUCAGAGGAGGGGUCUAACAGUCUAGUUCACGAGAAAGCUGUUUAUGGAAAGUUUUCAGCCAUUCUUAAGUACAUGAGAGAAGUAGCAAGUGGGCGUCAGGUAGUCAGUUUAGAAAACGUCUUUAAUUAGAAUUUGUGACUGGGGUGAGUGAGGGAGCCAACCCUGGGUUUUGACCUACAGCCUGGCAUUGAAUUCGUGGUAGCAGUGGUGUCUGAGGCUGCAGUUGUGACAGAAGAAAAAUAUGAUCACACUGAGGGAGAAAACUCUGAACAUAACUGCACUAGAGAAAAGGGAAAUAUGAAGUUGUUUGGUUAUAUGAGAGUCAGUAUGGUGGUUAAAACUGGUUAUUGAGAAGUGACCAAAAUUUCAACUACCAACAGAUGAAACAAUGGCAUUUAAACUGAUACAGGAAAUGAUAAUCCCAGUAACUGCUGCCUGAGGUUGUGUAAUUUUACACCAAAUUUGAGGCCCCCUCAUUUGGACACUCAUUUUAUACCACUGGCUAGCCAAAAUAAUUUUUCACUCCACUUUGGGCAUGUAUAAUGGUGCUGCAUGGGACAUGGUCAGCUCUAAAUCAUUGAAAUGGGCAAAUGGAACUGGUGGGGGAACUUCCAUACAUAAAGGACAGGGGUGCUCAUUGUAAAUUUUGAUAAGAACCCCUAUGAGUCAUGUUAUGUGGGUGUGGCUUGAAUUUUUUUCACCCUUAGAGGUUCCAAAACUGCUUUUUUAACCUCUAAGAGGUAGAACAAACACCCCUGUCCUUUGUAUAUGGGAAUCCCCCUCGGGCAAAUGGCAUCAUGUUAUUUACUCAGGAUGUUAAAAUGUAACUUUUAGGUGAAAUGUGUCAAGAAAAUUAAUUACUGAAGGUACCAUUGAAGUGCCACACUUGUUCUUAUACGCUUCAUCUACCAUGUGGUUCUGCAACCAUACCUAUGGCACCUGAUGAGGAAUUGUUUGCCA